GUGGAUUUGACGUAUGAAGCUUUACCACAUGCAAGAAUAGCAUGAUGCAACGCUUUACACAUCAUUCUGUCGCGUCUGUCGGCGAGGGACAGAUGGUUGGUCGAAUGACAUAGACAUCGUUCCUAUCUUUCCUGUUGUGGAUUAAAGCUGUCUGUCAAAGUAUUAAGUUUGCCUGCGAGAAAAUCAGCCAAUCCGCGAAUACCGCAAUGUCGGUCGUCCCUAGAACUCGUGCGCUUGCGCCCGGGGCUCGCUGUAUGCAUGGAAAAUGCGAGCUGCACACCAAGUUACAUACACUAUCCAGCGUUUCAAGCGUUCGCUCGCGCUAUUUCUCUCGCUCGCUCGCCUCGAGCCCACUUGCACAGGUAAUCGUUAGAGUGCCCUUACGAAAUGGCCAACACUGUGCCGAUUCACGACUUUAGCAACGUCACUGAACUGAAUGAGGAGCAAAAGCGUCAGCUGAGCGAACUGGAGCGGGCGCAGGGUGUUGCGAGCGAUGCGGGCUACCGCAUCGUGGCACCGCAACCCACCGCAAAGCUGCUCAGCGGCUACACCAUCCCACUCGUGGGGCUUGGCACCUGGAAGAGCGCCAAGGGCGAGGUGGGCGCGGCGGUGGCCACGGCGCUGCGUGCCGGAUACCGCCACAUCGACUGCGCGCGCAUCUACCAGAAUGAGCACGAGGUGGGCGAGGCGCUGGCGGCGGUGCUGGCGGAGGGCGUCGUGAAGCGAGAGGAGGUGUUCAUCACGUCAAAGCUGUGGAACACGGACCACGACCCGGCCCGUGUCGAGGCGGCCUGCCGCAAGAGCAUGGAGGACCUGCGGGUGUCCUAUCUGGACCUGUACCUCAUGCACUGGCCCGUCACCGGCACCCCGGGGCCCGAGGUGCAGCCGCCGCUGGCUGACACGUGGGCGGCCAUGGAGCAGCUGGUGGACAAGGGACUGGUCCGCACGAUCGGCGUCUCAAACUUCUCAGCCAAGAAGCUUGAGGCGCUGAUGGCCCGCGCCCGCAUCCAGCCCGCCGUCAACCAGGUUGAGGCGCACCCCUACUGGCGCAACGAGGAGCUGCGGUCCUGGUGCGCGGCCCGCGGCGUCCACCUCACCGCCUACUCGCCGCUGGGCUCGCCCGACAGCGCCGCAGUCAUUGGGCGCGCCGCGGACGUGCCGUCGCCCCUCAAGGACGAGACCGUGGCGGCCGUGGCGGCGGAGCUGGGCAAGUCGCCCGCGCAGGUGCUCAUCCGCUGGGCUGUGCAGCGCGGCACCAGCGUGCUGCCCAAGUCCGUCAACCCGCAGCGCAUCGCCGCCAACCUGGAGGUGCUGGUGGGUGGCUGGCAGCUGGCGCCGGAGCAGGUGGCGCGGCUGGACGCGCUGCCGGUGCAGCGCCGCAUGGUGGACGGCUCGUUCUGGGUGGACGCGCGCGGGCCGUACCGGAGCACCGCCGAGCUGUGGGACGAGUAGCGGGAUGGAUGGAGGAGAGGAUGGGGAUUGUAGAUGCCAGCCCAAAGCUCCAAGCUAAGCCGAACGGAGUGGAGCGGAGGAAGGGGUGGAGCUGGAGUUGCUGCCCUGCUAGCCUAGGGACGUUGCUGGCAGGUGGAUGGCGUCAUUGGAGUGUGUUGAGUGUGACUGGCUGGGAGAGCUGCCGUGCUUCAGGCGGUCACCGGCAGGGGCGCGAGUGUUCGUGGCCCGGUUGCUGGGUCGGGGGGUGGGCUUUUAUUCAGAACGCAGGAUGGCAGGCAUGACGCAUGCAGGAUGGCAGGGAGGAGUGUUGUCAAGGCCGCAAGAUUACUGGCGUUGAUGGUGCGGCGCGGAACAAGCAAC